GUGACAGUAACACCGUCUGUCGACGUUUUCAAAAGAAAAUUGUGUCAAGUGAACAACCAUUAUUGGCAAGACUAAAACAAGCCAUUGAAUCACUUAUCCUUCCCAAUAGUUUGAACUAUUUAGAGAUCCAAAACUGAACUAUGAAAUCAAGAUGGAAGUUCGAAUCACAACUGAACAUUGGAUAUUUGAAGCUGCUAAAUACUGAACUUGUUUAUCUAACUCAACCAAAGCUCGCUUCUAUGGAUAUGAUGAGUCUGAAUUCGUAAAUCCGAACACAUGGUCUUCAAAACAUAUCGCCCAGUACAGACGUCUCUAAGUGUUUGGUUGAAAAAUUCUUUACUUACUCAUCAGAUUAUUUUCUUGGUAAUUCCUGUUAAAUAAUAAUUCCCUAGUUAUUAAUGGGAAUUCUUGUGGGCCUAUCAUGUUGGUUACUAAUUUGGACAUCUCGGUUUUCUGACUUCGAAAUUAUCAUGAAGUCUUAUUACUUUUCUUCCGGAAAGCUUAUAUUGCUUAUUUCAUCUAUAGUUGGAGCUGGAGUGGCUGUUUUUGGAUACUGCAUUUUCAACGUUGAUAGUCCUACUUUGUUACUAAUUCACAUAAUUAGCAACUUCAUCCUUAUUUUGGCAUUUCUGUCAGUAAGCGUUUGUGGAUUCUUGCUAUUACUGGAGUUGGACAUAGAAUUGCCAGGUAAAUUUACAUCAGCAAUAACGAAAUAUUAUGGUGUAAAUAUGUCACUUCGUCGAAAUAAGGAUUUAACUGCUGCAUUAAAUGAAAUUCAGUUCAAAUUUAAGUGUUGUGGUACUCAUGGUGAAAAAUCAAGUAAUUAUUCAUGGUUUAUUUAUAGAAAAUCAAGCACGUGGUUUCACGUAACGCAAGAGCUAGGUUUAAAAUCAACAGUCCAAUACGUUCCAGAAAGUUGUUGUGUUUUAAAAAGUCAAAAUAUUCAAUUCAAUUCUUUCUCAGAAAUUCAGUCACAAAGUGGUGUUUUCUUAGACAGAGAAUUAUGUAUUGGUUAUAAGUCACUUACAACAAGAGAUGAUAUUGCACCUCGUAUUGAUAAUCCAUUAUAUACCACUAGAAGUAAUACAUAUCUAUAUGAAAAGGUAAAAAUCAUCAACAAUGUCCAGUUUUUUCUUAAAUAUUUUGCUUUUCUAGGGAUGUGUAACGGUAGUCAGACAAGAGUAUCAACAAUAUUCAAUAAUGUUAGCUGCUUCAGGCACAACUGCUCUGGCGCUAUCUGUGAGUUGUUUUCGUUAUAACAGCAAAAUCCGGUUCAUUUCGAGUUUUCAGUGAAUAAUACGACAAUGGGGCAAUACAACGGUUUAGUACACUAUGUAUAGACAGCAUCAUGUUAUAUCGAGAUGAAAGAUUCACGACCAACAAUCGACUAUCAGAUUAUAGACCAAACAGUAGCUUAUUUAACACAAAUCCAAGUAGUUCACGUGGAGUUCACAGUGAUAUUAGAGUAGGAAUCAAUUAUAGAGCGGAAUUCAUGAUAUUAAUUAAUGUCAUAACAUUUGACAAACUGGGUAUCUAUUUUUCUCCACUCGCUGUUCAAUCACAUCUCGCUUUAAUCGAUCACACAUCGGUCCUCAUAAAACGUUUUUACUAAACGUUGUGCUAUUUCCUUUUAUUUAUAUGAAGUUAUUUCUCUUUCAGAUAGUUGGAUUUAUUCUUUCACUGGUUCUACUAUUCCAUAUUGAAUAUCAACAAUUUGUUAGAAUUUCAACGGACUGGAAUAUUAAUACUAGUACAAUUAAUAUACAGUCAUCUAUACAAGACAAUAUCAGUACUAUAUCUAAACAGUUAUCAGAGAAUGGAGUAUUAGUUAAAGCCUAAAAUAUACUUAUUGAGUUACAUUA